CAUCCGCUGCCCGCUGCCACCAUGACCACCACCAUCCGCCAGUUCACCUCCUCCAGCUCCAUCAAGGGCUCCUCUGGCCUCGGGGGCGGUUCAUCCCGCACCUCCUGCCGACUGUCUGGCAGCCUGGGUGCCGGCUCCUGCAGGCUGGGGUCCGCUAGUGGCCUGGGCAGUGCCCUCGGGAGCAAUAGCUACGCCAGCUGCUACAGCUUUGGCACUGGCAGUGGCUAUGGAGGCAGCUUCGGGGGUGUGGAUGGGCUGCUGGCCGGAGGCGAGAAGGCCACCAUGCAGAACCUCAACGACCGCCUGGCCUCCUACCUGGACAAGGUGCGCGCCCUGGAGGAGGCCAACACGGAGCUGGAGGUGAAGAUCCGAGACUGGUACCAGAAGCAGGCCCCCGGGCCGGCCCGUGACUACAGCUCCUACUACCACACCAUCGAGGAUCUGAAGAACAAGAUCCUUGUGGCCACUGUGGAUAAUGCCAGCAUCCUGCUUCAGAUUGACAAUGCCCGUCUGGCAGCUGAUGACUUCCGCACCAAGUUUGAGACGGAGCAGGCCCUGCGCAUGAGCGUGGAGGCUGACAUCAAUGGCCUGCGCCGGGUGCUGGAUGAGCUGACCCUGGCCAGAGCAGACUUGGAGAUGCAGAUCGAGAAUCUCAAGGAGGAGCUGGCCUACCUGAAGAAGAACCAUGAGGAGGAGAUGAACGCUCUGAGAGGCCAGGUGGGCGGUGAAAUCAAUGUGGAGAUGGACGCAGCUCCUGGUGUGGACCUGAGCCGCAUCCUAUCAGAGAUGCGUGAUCAGUACGAGAAGAUGGCGGAGAAGAACCGCAAAGAUGCGGAAGACUGGUUCUUCAGCAAGACCGAGGAGCUGAACCGCGAGGUGGCCACCAACAGCGAGCUGGUGCAGAGCGGCAAGAGCGAGAUCUCUGAGCUCCGACGCACCAUGCAGGCCCUGGAGAUCGAGCUGCAGUCCCAGCUCAGCAUGAAAGCAUCCCUGGAGGGCAGCCUGGCCGAGACAGAGAACCGCUACUGCGUGCAGCUGUCUCAGAUCCAGGGGCUGAUCAGCAGCGUGGAGGAGCAGCUGGCUCAGCUGCGCUGUGAGAUGGAGCAGCAGAACCAGGAGUACAAGAUCCUGCUGGACGUGAAGACCCGGCUGGAGCAGGAGAUCGCCACUUACCGUCGCCUGCUGGAGGGAGAGGAUGCCCAGUGAGUAGAGGCCGAGGGGUUAGGGCCUUAGGGAUGAGGAAGGGACUCUCAGACUUCAUCUAAUCUCUCCAUUGUGCGCACCAUUGUGGAAGAGGUCCAGGAUGGCAAGGUCAUCUCAUCCCGGGAGCAGGUCCACCAGACCACCCGCUAAGGACUCUCAGCUCCUUCUGGCCAGCUCCUUGAGGCUAGCCAGAGAGAGGCAGCAUCCCUCUCUGCUUGGUAGCCUGUAGCCUUCUCCAGCAUCAGUCUUCUGCUUCAGCCUCUUCUUGGCGUUCCCCUGCUUGGUGCCA